AUGCUCCGCACGUGUACUCGUCGAGCUCCACGUAUGGGCUACCUAGGUCAUUCAGCCCGUCAGUUACACACCACGCCAAAUCCCUUAAGGAGCUCCCGGCUCGCUUUGGGAUUGGGUGCGAGUGCUGCAGGGCUCGGGGUAGCUGGCAUGACAAUAUACGCAGACAGUAACACCGCCCCUCCCGGUGCCACCACCUUAAGUUCUCUCGCUCGUAGCUACCUAGUCUACUCGCUAUGUUCUGUUCCACCUCUGGUGAACAAUUCGCCUUCGAUACUCAAGACCUGUUCAAAUAUCCCUGGACUCCGGGAGUUGAGCGAGGCUGUUGUUCGACGCACUUUCUUUGCCCAGUUUGUAGGAGGCGAUUCACUCCCGGACACAUUACCACUCAUAACGUCAUUGCGCCAGCAAAACAUGGGAACCUUGUUGGUCUAUAGUGUCGAGGCCGAUGGUGACGUCAAAGGGGCUCAGUGGGAGAAAAACGUCCAAGAAAUUCUCUCCAGUGUCAACUUCGCCGGGGACUUUGAGGACACUCAAUCAGGCGGGAGAAAGACCUGGGUCGCCGUUAAAUUGACGGCAUUAUUACCUUCUCCUGACUCUCUCAAACGACUGUCAACCUUUUUGUUAGCUUCAAGGCCUAAAUCAAAUGUGCCCUACCCAGGAACACCUGAUGUUACAGAUGUUGCGUUUUUCAGCAAAGGUCAAGGUAGCCUUCCUGUUAAGGGGCUGAGUAGCGAGGAUAUCACAGCACUCCAUGAGCUGUAUCAAAGUUUGAGGCAGAUUUGCGCCCAGGCGAAGAAACGCGGAGUUCGAAUCACAGUGGACGCAGAGCACUCGUGGUACCAACCAGGUAUUGACGCCUUCGUGACUGCUCUGAGUCGUGAAUUCAACCAACCAAAUGCUGGGAGCGAGUCCAAGAUCCAAAAUGGACAGCCAGUGGUUUAUGGGACCUAUCAGGCAUAUCUUCGAAGGACACCUUUGCAUCUUUCUCGCGCUAUGGAAGAUGCAAAGAGACACGGAUAUUCUUUGGGUGUCAAGCUAGUCAGGGGUGCUUACCACGGGCAAGAGAUUGCGUAUCAUGAAAGGAGAAUGGCUGAGUCCAAGUCAGAUAUAAACGUUGAGCCUUAUCCCGCUGUAUGGCUUCGUAAAGAGGAAACGGAUCGCUGCUUUGAUGAAGCAGCCGAGUUAUUGAUCCGUCAUACCGCCUCCUCUCUUGACCCUCGUCGCCCUCAGCAACCAAGAUUGGGUAUGCUCUUUGGGACACACAACAAACAGUCGUGCCAAAAGGUUUUGGAUUGCAUGGUAUCUUCUGGGCUUGCUCACAAGAACGAAGAAGGAUUGGCAGAAGUCAAAACUGGAGUUGAAGACAUGGUGUGCUUUGGACAACUUUAUGGUAUGCGUGAUGAACUCACCAACUGGAUUGCGAGCGUCUUCAAAUCUGAAUCUCCGAUGGCUUUCAAAUACCUUCCUUACGGUGCACUAGCUGAGGUUAUGCCAUACUUGAGUCGACGGGCAAUCGAAAACCAGUCUGUUUUGAGCGGGGAGGGAGGGGCUGCAGAGGAAAGAAGACGUGCUGGGGAUCUUAUUCCUCUGCGCCGGGAGUCCUCCCGGGAGGGCCUCGAUAUCCGCGUGACAAUUCCUACUACUCGAUCUUCAGAUCUUAGAGGACUAUAUAAAGGCGCCACUUGCAUGUACGGAACAGGCCGUCUGCUUCGUCAUGAACGAUGCCAACUGGCACCUCAACGUUUAAAGCACACAACGCGCGGAUCGCACCCAUCACGUAAUUCUCAAUGGCGAGCGGGAACUUUAGGAAUUGGCCUGGGCACCUGUGCACUUUCCUGGAGUGCUAUCGCUACAAUCUAUGCCGAUACUGAAACGGAACCUGUCACAUCUCUAGGGGAGCUUUUGCGAGGCUAUUUUGUCUACUCAAUAUGCUCCGUACCCACUCUGGUAAACUGGUCACCAACUAUCUUGGAGACGUGUGCGAGCGUCCCAGGAGUACGAGAGUUGAGCCAAGCCGUCGUGAGACGGACAUUUUUUGCGCAGUUCGUAGGAGGCGAUACUUGCGAGGAUACUCUGCCCUUGAUAACUUCACUGAGAGAGCAGAACAAGGGCACACUCCUUGCGUACAGUGUCGAAGUAGACGAAAACCAGGGCGGGAGGGCAGAUCAAUGGAAGAGGAAUGUGGAAGAAAUGAUAGCUAGUGUGGAGUUUGCCGGAGACUUUGAAGACACGCGAAAGGGAUCAAGAAAGACAUGGGUAGCUAUCAAACUGAGUGCUUUGGUCCCAUCUGCAGAUUCUUUGAAGCGAAUGUCUAAAUUCUUGCUCAAAUCGCGACCGGCGGAUGAUGUACCAUUUCCCGGAACGCCAGGCUCCUUUGAUAUGGUGGUAUUUAGAGGAGCAAAAGAACCUCUGAUCAAGGCUGGGCUCACAGAAGAAGAUAUCGAGUCGCUUAGGGUUCUUUAUGAAGAUCUGAGAACCGUAUGUAAUCGAGCAAAGGAGAGAGGUAUCAGGCUCAUCUUCGAUGCUGAGCAUACAUGGUACCAGCCUGGGAUCGAUGCAUUUGUAUUGGCUUUGAGUAGGGAGUUCAACAAGCCUUCGAGCAGCGGCCGAUUCAAUGAGCAGCCUCUUGUGUAUGCAACAUAUCAGGCAUACCUGAAACGAACGCCAUUGCACCUAGCAAGAUCAAUUGAAGACGCACAAGCAUUUGGAUACACUCUAGGCGUUAAAUUAGUGAGAGGUGCAUAUUACGACAAGGAGACAGCCGAAUACCCCGAGUCGCAAAGCCCUAACUGCCCGGUAUGGGCUGAGAAAUCACAAACAGACGCGUGUUACAAUACCUGCGCGAAAUUUUUGAUCAACGAACUUGCAAAACAUCAUAGGCUCUCUGGCUCUCAAAAUGCCAUCCUGACAGGAGCAGGGUGGCUAGGAAAACCCACACGUACCUCUUCGCCUCAAACAGACAUCGGGAUAUUAUUUGGGACUCAUAACGCUCUCUCGUGCACAUAUAUACUGGAAAACUUGGUUGAUGCUGGGCUUGCGCAUAGGUCUGGCGACAAAGAAGUGGUUAUAGCGGACGGCGUCGAGGAACGAUUGUGCUUUGGACAACUUUAUGGCAUGCGCGAUGAUCUAACUGAUUGGAUGGUACAUACUGUCAAGGCAAACUCACCGAUGGUACUUAAGACCGACAAAGAUGGCCAGUUUAACGCUGAGUUAUUACCCGAUCCCGAGUACUAUUCUUCUGGGGACCUCGCCGUGAUGCCUCGAGCUCAACACCGGCUGUUCUCAUCGCGAAAUCCUGCAAUUAUUAGGCGUCACCUCAAUAUUAUGGCUAUGCAUGGUAUAGACGGUCUAUUUCUGACCCGGCGAGGUAGUGAGAUUGCUGCUGCCUACCAGCCUGGAAGGGUAGGGAUAAAGAUAAUGAAGUUGCGAUCCGAAGGCAUCAAUAAUAUAUUUCGGGCGGCAGAACAAGAGGCCCGUGUUGUCAGCAUAAUGUACGACCUCAACGGAUUGCCAUCACAUCAAAUCGAACAAUGGAUAAUGGGAGAUUGGGAUUUUAUGAUAAACUCCAAGAAUGUGCUAAAUAGCCCGGCCUAUGUUCGCGAACACGGACAACCUGUGGUCGCUCUCUGGAGUGUCGGAUUCAAGCAUGCGGGCCAAGAACCCGAAAUGAUAAUGAGACUCAUUAGCCGAAUUCGUGAGCUCGCGGGUGGAGCCUACAUCAUACUUGGAGUGCCGAUCACAUGGCAGAAGCAAGACCAGAACUGGCAAGCCGUCUAUUCUGUAGCUGACGCGAUCGCGCCUAUGUGCAUUGGAACGUUCCAAGACGAAUCAGGCGCUGAACGUUUCUCCAAGGACUUUCAGCAACCGGGCAUUCAGGCGUCCAAGUCCGGCCAGACGAAGACUGAUUAUGUUGGGGUUGUAUGGCCCGGCAAUGAGGGACCUCUUAUAAUUAACACCGGAUCAAGUACUGAACCUGCCCCUCGUCAAGACGGCGCAUUCUUCUGGCGCCAAAUCUAUAAUGGAUACAAAGACGGUGUGAGAUUCAUGUAUGCUGAAAUGUUUGACGGAUUCGAAGAAGGGACAGCAAUUUUACCUAGCUUAGGGGCUCAGAGCGACAGCACUCCUUCGGAUUGGUACCUUCGGAUAGCCGGUUCCGCCAGUGAGGCGCUCAAAGGCGAAAAACGCCUAUACGAAGAAUUCCCUCGUAAAGAACUUUUCGAGUACUGGUCAACCAGACCACGCUAUGAAGAGCGCGAUGACGACCAAAUCCCUACUGCGAGUGGUAGCGCGAACCCACUUGGUGGGUUUGGCCCUUCCGCGCACGUUGCCCAGGCAUCUGCACCCGCGCCGCCGCGCGCUAUGACGGUUGAUAUGUCUGAUGCUCCACCACCCUAUAGUAUUGAGGAUGAUAGCUUGCCCGCUCCCGCGCCUUCAUCUUUCACGACCGAACCAGAAUCACUUACUUCUGGUCCGGCCAACCCUGCUUCCCCUAUAACGUCAUAUCACAAUGCACCUUUCCCUCCUGCAGAUCGUCCUCCGGUCUCGCGCGUUGACUCGACGCAUUCGGUUGGGUCGCACGGUAGCUAUCCCGGCCAACAACAACACCGCCCAGAACCCAUUGCCGUUCCCGGAAAUGCACCUGUUGCCAUCGCAGUUCAAACCCCUACUACAUACACUGCAUAUACAACUCAACCUCAAGUGGGAUUCCCCUCUGGCCCAGCUCCACCGAUGGCUGGAAUCGGAGGGCAGACGUCUCCUUCUGUCAUGCCCAUACGUCCUCCCCAGCACCCCUUUGUCGCGUCGCGUCCACCGGCCAUGGCCCCUCGCCCACCUUCCCGACCGGGUCGUCCUCAGUCUUCGGACAGUACCCAUCCAUCUCCUCCUCCUAACACAUUCACGGUGGCUGGAAUUGGCGGACUGACGGACCAAUUGGGAGGUAUGAAUAUUGGAGAGCCUAAUAGGCCUGCGCCCGAACAUGUGUUCGCGGGUGCGAAUCAACCACGUCCCCAAAUGACUCAACCGCCCGGAACGCCCAAUUCACCGUUCGAGGGAAUUAAUUAUCCUGGACGAUUUGGAGGACCGGAUGCGAGGCGAGACUCGUAUGGACAAACUUCGGGCUCUGGUCCUUCUACCCCAUCGGUUGGGAUGCCUGGCAAUCCUCUUUAUCCUGCUCCGCUACAGGGUGGUGGGCUGCACACGAGCCCCGGGCCUAUACAUCAACACAGUCCUGGACCAGUACACCAGGCUACGUUAUUUGGUUCACCCCAUAACACGAGCCCUCCAUCUGGCCCGCACCCGCACCCCCAACAUCAGAGUACGCUGGGACCCGGCCAAUACGCACCACCGAGUCCGCAUCAUCGGCCUACGCUUGGGCCGACUCCGACCCACCAGUCUACACUCGGGCCUGGGACUUCGCAGUCCCCUCGGCCGAGUUUCCAGCCUCAUCAGCAGUACGCCCCUGCUGGGCCUUCGCCGAACCCACCGGGCCAGCACGGACAUCUGCCUGCUUCUGGUUCAGGACAGUAUCCGCCUCAAGGACAAGGUUCAGGUGGACAGUACAAUCAAGGUCCGGGUGGACAGUACCCACCCCAAGGGCCUAGCGGACAACAUCCUUAUGGUCCUGGUGGGCAGCAACCUCCUCAAUCCCCGGGCAGUUCGAUGCAUUCGGGACAUUCGGGGUAUUAUGGUGGUUCGAGCCCGUCCCAGUCGGGAGGCCACUCGACUCCCCAGUCUGGUUGGCCUCCUCAGGCUCCAGGGAGUUACAAUCCCUAUCCGCCUCAAGGACCCGGGGGACCAGGUCAACAGCAGGUGUAUGGACAGGGACAAGGGCAGGGCCAUACGGCUCCUGGGCCACAAUACCCGCAAUGGAAUAGCGUGGCUGGUGGACAGUAUGUUGAUACGGCCAUAGGGAUUAUAGGUAAAUAUGCGGGGCAAGAUACGAAGAAGAAGGUCGAGCAAGGCCUGGAGGGUGCCUUCAAAGUUGGCAACCCCCGUCGUAGAUUCCGAACCACCGAAAUUAUGGUCCACGACGAACAGGCGCCUAGUACUGAAUCAGACCGAGUCGAAUUUCCGCGCAUGGAUGCAGAUUCCAUAGAGGGCGACCACGAAAAUGGGGGACGGGUCAUUCGUAAGAUCUCGAUGAGUUCUGUAGAUUCGGACGGCACAGUGUGGUCUGAAUGUCAGACACCUGCUCAGACGAUUGUUGAACUCCCAGUCGAGUUGAGUGAGGAGCCGAUAGAGAGUGAGACGUCGAGGCCUGGGGAGGAUGAGUGGUUUGGUGCGGUACAGGAGCAAGUCGUCAAACCCAAACCGGAGCCGGAGCGCAAGUCCCCCCUGCUCCGCCGAAAACGUUCAAAAUAUGGAGCUUGCCCAUUGAUUUUGCGCAAGUCGAUUCUUGACUCUAUCGCCACCCUCCCGACGUUACAGCCGCGUCUCCGUACCGUGCUGUUCCAUCGCCGAAACCUCGUAUUGGAACUGCUUGUUGCUGGCAGUCCCGAACGUAUAGUCCUCUUCACUCGCUCAUCGACGAAAAAAUCGGGAAAUCCCGAUAGCGUCCCCCUGCGAAAAGUAAAAGAGGUUCAGUUUGGCAUUUUAUCUCCCGAAGAAAUCAAAGCGUACUCGGUAUGCAAGAUCGAGUUUCCCGAAGUGUUGGAGGAGGGCACUGGUAAGGUCAAGACUGCCGGUCUCAUGGAUCCGCGUCUUGGCACCGUCGAUCGCAACUUCAAGUGCCAGACAUGUGGCGAGGGCAUGGCCGAGUGUCCAGGCCACUUUGGCCAUAUCGAGCUGGCUCGCCCAGUCUUUCACAUCGGGUUUCUCAACAAGGUCAAGAAGAUCCUCGAGUGUAUUUGUGUAAAUUGUGGAAAGUUAAAGGCGGACAUUGUGAGUGAAUAUUACGAAGCCUCCCCUUCGGUACCCCCACCCGAUAUACCCGUACAUUUUCUGGGGGCUCUCUCCGCGUCUCGGAGAACCCCAAGCCACUUGCUUUCGUGGUUCCAAGUCUGGCGUUACACUUGCAGUCCAUGUGGGACCUGUGCAUGCCGGGCUAGCGCGCGUCUUCGGUCGCUUGACCGCCGCGUUAGUCUCUCUUUCCCGCCAUGCUGGGUCAUUGCACCACUGGACUUGGGUGUAGCGCCGGCACCACCGGCCGUGGUGAAAUGGGGGGAUGAAGAGGAGUCAUGUCCAUGUCGCGAUGACAAUCGGUCCCGUCUCAAGGACGCGGAUCGCUUCGAGCGCACUGGACUGGCGCGUGCUGACCGCACACCUCGUCCGCUCACCAAGGCGGCCAUGUACCAUCUCUGUACCAAGUUUUUUCUUUACUUUCAUUUUAUUUCCAUGGCCGUUGCUCGCUCGUAA